GAUCCGAUUGAUCAUUUUGCUUGUACCGGGUGGAGUAAAACGAGUCUGAGGUGGUGAAAUAUUGGUCUAGAAUCGUCUUGUUAUUUGCAAUAGCUUAUUAACUCCUACCAGCCUCUCACAAAAUGACGACGACAACUAUAUAUUCAGGCAUGGAAGCCGGAGCAAAAAGCAGCUCCAGGGUCCUGCGCCCCCCUGGAGGAGCCUCCAACAUCUCUUUUGGCAACGAUGAGGAAAAGCCCCCCAAUCGCAAAAACAAGAUGGCCUCCAACAUCUUCGCUGAACCAGAUGACCCACACGCUCAUCGGAGGAACAACCCACCUGGUGGGAAGCCCACCGGAGUGCUGUGUGGAGAGCCAUCAGCCCCACUGAGGAGAUGUGCUGCCCAAUCUUCCUCCAACAACCACGAGGAUUCCAACGCCGGGACUGGAGACAAUGACGUGGGAAGUGCUGAUAAUGCUGUGGAGGUUGAGGUCAUUCCUGUCCCAGAGCAGAGGAAUGAGGCCUCCAAGCCCGCCGCUGGGAUGACAUCAGGCCGCAGGAACCCCCCAGGGGGAAAGUCCAGCCUCAUCCUCGGUUGAGGUCCCUCUCCUUCUCUAUCUCUCUAUCUCAGAACUCUGCUGUCCUUUUCUCUUUUUUAAAAGAAGAAUCUCCACCUGUUCAUCUGUGAGUCCAGGAAUUUCGUCCCUUCCUCUCCUCCCUCCCUGAGUCCAUUGUUUUGAUACCCCCUCUUUUUUAAUUUUUGUAUGUUUUUUUUUGACAGAAGCACUUUAUGUACCUGAUCCAAGCCCCUGGCAUAUGUAGUGCUGUAGUCACAGGCCCUCUGGCCAAAGGGCAUGAGGUUUAAGUUGUCCCUCACUCCAUCCGGUGUCAAUGGCAAAGUUCUGAUGCGCGAUCGAUAAGGUUUAAACAAAAAAUAAUAAAAUGGAUUUAUAUGAAGUUGUUGCUUUUGCACCGUGUUCAUUGUCUGGUAAAAACUGCAUGCACGCCUGGUUUGUUCCAAGUCCGACUCAACCAAAACAUUUUGGUGAAGCCUUUUGUUUAAAAAAAAAAAAAUCUAUUAAAAAAAGGAACUAAAAGUUUUACUGUGAACGUUUCAUUUUAAUUGAAGGUUAUGCUGGACUUUUGAGUCAUUAAUUAAUUGUUGGGGUACAUGAUCUAGUGUUGCAUGAAGUUUGGGACUUGAACAUUUCUAUGGAAACUAAAAUCCACACGGGAUCCAAACAGUUUACUCAAACCCCGGUGUCAUUAUUUCUGAAGACUAAAUUCAGUGAAUAUGUCCAGAAAAUGGGCUUUCUAAUGUCAUGAAAUGGAGAACAAGAUUACAUUUUAUUGUAUCUGAUUUCUAUUUAUUUAUUUAUUUUGGAAGGGAAACUUUCUCAACAGCUAAAGUAUGCCUGUUUGUGUGUGGUACUCCAUCUGAUAGAAUGACAAGUGACCUUAUGACAGCUCUGCCUAGUUCUCAUUUUACUUUAUUUUUUUUAAAUUCUCAAUGUUGGACAAUUUGGUACGUUAAACAAAUUGCUCAGUUCUUGUUCAAACUUCUGUCAUGGUCUCUCUUACAGGUCUGAUGCCUAUUAUACUGUCUGCCUUGUACAGGGGGAACCUGUGGUUCUAUGUAUUUACACAUAUAUGCAUGCAUGCAUAUAUAACACACAGGUCAAUUUUGUUCAAAUGUAAUUUGAAUGAAAUUGCACACAUGGCUUUAGUGAAUUCAUGUUGAAGUGCUGUUCUGCAGAUGUUGAACGGUCAGCUGGGCUACAUGACCGUUAAUUGUUCAUCCAAAUUCAUGCAGGUUUGUUUAUCACUGUAAAAGUCGCAAUGAAUAUUGGCGCAAAUUAAAUGUCACUCUUGACCAUACAUGGCUGUCUUUUAUUUCUGAAGGCAAUGGCGCAGUUGGCUGUGUCAUUAUUUACUGACCUAAAUACAUUUUUGAACUGGGUAGGUCGAGCCCUGAAUACUGAUUGGCUGACAGCAAACAUAUUUUUACUGCUCUAAUUACAUUUGUAACCAGUUUAUACAGUAACAGCCAUAAGGCACUUCGGGGUUUGUGGUACAGUGCCUUCGGAAAGUACUCAGACAUUUUGAUUUUUCCCGAAAUUGUUUGUUACAGCCUUAUUCUCAAAGGGGUAAAUAAAAAAAAAUCCUGUUCAAUCUACACACAACAUCCAAUAAUGACACAGUGAAAAUAGGUUUUAUACAUUUCUGCAAAUGUAUUAAAAAUACAGAAGUACUUUUCUAUUUACAUAUUCAGAGACUUGAAAUGUAGCUCAGGUGCAGCCUGUUUCCAUAGAAACAUCAAGGAUGAGCAAUCAUUUGAUUGGAGUCCACCUGAGGUAAAGUCAAAAGAUUGGACAUGAGUUGGAAAGGCACACACCGGUCUACAUAAGAUCCCACAGUUGACAGUUUUUGCUCUGACAUGCACUAAGGCAUUAGGUCGACGGAAUUGUCUGUAGAGCUCCGAGACAGGAUUGUGUCGAGGCACAGAUCUGGGGAAGGGUACCAAAUUCCUGCAGCAUAAUGUCCCAAAGAACACAGUGGUCUCCAAUAUUCUUAAAUGGAAGUUUGGAACCACCAAGACUCUUCCGAGAGCUGGCCGACUGUCCAAACAGCAAUCGGGGGAGAAGGGCCUUGGGAGGGGAGGGGACUAAGAACCCGAUGGUCACUCUGACAGCGCUCAAGAGUUCCUCUGUGGAGAUGGUUGUCCUUCUGGAAGGUUUUCCCAUCUCUGCGGCCUUUAUGGUAGAGUGGGCAGUAAAAGACAUGACAGCCUACUUGGUGUUUGCCAAAAGGCACCUAAAGACUCUGACCAUGAGAAACAAGAUUCUCUGUUCUGAUGAAGCCAAGAUUCAACUCUUUGGCCUGAAUGCCAAGCUUCACACCAUGAGAAACAAGAUUCUCUGUUCUGAUGAAGCCAAGAUUCAACUCUUUGGCCUGAAUGCCAAGCUUCACACCAUGAGAAACAAGAUUCUCUGUUCUGAUGAAGCCAAGAUUCAACUCUUUGGCCUUAAUGCCAAGCUUCACGUCUGGAGGAAACCUGGCACCAUCCCCUACGGUGAAGCAUGGUGGUGGCAGGAUGCUGUGGGGGGUGUUUUUCAGAGGCAGAAACUGGGAGACUAGUCAGGAUUGAGGCAAAGAUGAAUGGAGCAAAGUACAGAGAGAACCUGUUCAGGACCUCAGACUGGGGCUAAGGUUUACCUUCCAACAGGACAACGACCCUAAGCACACAGCCAAAAUAAUGCAGGGGUGGCUUCGGGACAAGUCUCAAUGUCCUUGAGUGGCCCAGCCAGAGCCAGGACUUGAACCCUAUCGAACAUCUCUGGACAGAGCUGAAAAUAGCUGUGCAGCAACACUCCCCAUCCAGCCUGACAGAGCUUGAGAGGAUCUGCAGAGAAGAAUGGGAGAAACUCCCCAAAUACAGGUGUGCCAAGCUUGUAGCAUCAUACCCAAGAAGACUCGAGGCUGUAAUCGCUGCCAAAUAUGCUUCAACAAAGUACUGAGUAAAGGGUCUGAAUACUUAUGUAAAUGUGAUAUUUGGUUAUUUUUUUAUAGGUUAAAAAAGACGUCAACUGUUUUUUUUUCAUUAUGGGGUAUAAUUGUGUGUACAUUGAUGUACAAAUCUGUCAUUCUGCCCCUGAACAAGGCAGUUAACCCACUGUUCCUAGGUUGUAAUUGUAAAUAAGAAUUUGUUCUUAACUGACUUACCUAGUUAAAUAAA